AUGGAGCCUUUUAUUUUCAUGCAACCCCCAGAUGUAAUCAAUCAUUGCAUGCACACCCUCAAUCUUUUCCAGAUCGCUCCUUUCCUUCUCCAAAGCAAGGUCCCUCCAAACCUCCUUUGCCAGUUUACAUUUGAUGAAAAGGUGACCCCCAUCCUCCUCCCCUCUGCUGCAGAAGGAGGAGCUGGCCUCUUAUUCUCCCUCCGGUUUGACCCCAUGAGGGCGGGCUUCGAUCGUGCUCUGGCCAGCUUCCCUGUUUCUGCGCUGAUUAGCCGCCUUCUUGGAUGGGGCAAGAACAGUGGCCAAGGGAGGCCGCAGGGGGCCGUGAUGGUCGCCGCCGCCGUUGCUCUUUACGCGGCUGCGCUCUUUGUUUCAGAUCAGCAGCCUCGCCGGCGACGCCUGGCUGCUUCUGCUGCAGCUAGGCCAACUUCUGCAACCAGACCUCGUGCUCUGCCUACGCCGGACGAUGGCCUCAGAAUUCUCUCAUCGAAUGAUGAAUAUCUGGAAAACGUGAUCCACCGCGUGUCGAUCGGUGCCGGGGACGAUGAGCCGGUUCUGGUGGCAAGAGUUCAGACCAUGCCACCCGACGUGGCUGGAGCAACCUCUGCAUGGGAAACGGAGCACGAUAGGCUGGAGAAGGAAGAGGUCGAGCGAUUCAAGCAGCUGUGGCUGUCGCUCGUGGAGCGGGAGCAGAGGCUGGAGCUCCGGCUGAUGGACCUCGACGGCCUUAUAGAGCAAGAGGCCACCGUGAAAGAGCUCGAGAACCGCGUCGGCCUCGCCGCCGUGGAGGCGCGGCUCCUGGAGCUCAAGGUCUUGUCGCUGGGUGAGGAGAACGAGAGGCUCAAGGCCCAGGCGGCGGAGCUGGAGGCCGUCCGGGCCCAGCUGGGGCGCGCCAAGGAGAAGCUGCGGGCGCUCAAGGAGCGGGUGCAGGUGGAGCGGGAGGAGUCUCAGAGCGAGGCGACGGCGCUCCGGGACAAGGUGACGGAGCUGGAAAAUACCGGCGAAAAGAGGGAGAGGGUGCUGGCGGCGGAGGCGGCGGAGCUACGGAGGGCCAAGGCCGCGCUGGAGGAGGAGAACAGGGAGCUUGCUCGGAGGUUGCGGGAUGCGGAGCAGGUCUCCUCCGCUGUUAGUUUGGUUCGUGAGGACGACAUGGUUGAUGAGGCAAGCUACCUGAGGGAGGCGAACGAGAGGCUGACGAGGCAGAUCGAGCAGCUACACAGCGACCACUGCGCGCACGUCGAGGAGCUCGUCUACCUCAAGUGGGUCAACGCCUGCCUCCGCCACGACCUCCGUGGCGGCGACCAUCACCCCUCGUCCGCCCAGCAAGAUCAGGACGGGGCUGGCAGCGCCAUGCCGUCGGCCAUGGACCUGAGCAAGAGCAUGAGCUACCGCUCCAGCGAGAAGGCCAAGGAGCUCAUGCUCCAGUAUGGCAGCCUCGGCCUCGACGGCUACGACCCCGUGCUCUUCUCGCCGCUCAACGAGUCGACAUACGGCGAUGGCGAAAGUCACCAGCAGCGCGUUGGAGAUCAGGACGAGCCAGGGCGGAGCCCGGUCGUGCCGUCGCCGGCCGCGGCCGCGGCCGCGCCCGAGCAUCGGGCCGGGCAUGGCAAGCUCAAGUUUCUGAGGAAUAUCAAGAAGCUGCUGGCGAGCAGCAGGAGGAGCCACGGCCACGACCGCAAGAGCAAGAAGGCCGCGCCGGACCACGAGCAUCUGGAGAAGGCGAUGCGGUGGCUGUCCUCCAGCAGCCACGACGCGCUCGGCGCAGACAGCUCGUACGAGAGCACGCCGGUGUCGUCGUGCGACCGGACGCCGCUGAGCAGCGUGACGACCGUGGACUUGCACGCCCGUGCGCGCGCCGGGGGGGCGCCCUCCGCGCCGAGGCUGGAGACGGAGACUAAGCUGGCGAGGUCCAAGAGCGACAAUGGCGCGUCCUUCGGGCGGGAGGCGACCAGGUACCACGCUCUCCGGCCGGACCGCCCGGCCGGUCCCGGGACAGACGGGUUACACUCGCCGGAGAAGAUUAGAAGGUACUCAGACGAGUUGACAAGCUCCUGA